UAGCCCCUCAGGCCGAGCACAGGCAGAGGGCAGGCAGGAGGAUGCGGGGCCUCUUGAGAGUAGGACAAAUCCUGGCAGCAGUGAGAGAAGAAAAGAGCACAAGGACAAUCGUUUACUGCUAUAAGUACAUUACAUCCGGGGUGACCUUACCUAAUUCGCACACCCACGUGGUGAGGUUGGGAUUGUUACCACCUCCCUUUUGCAGAGGCGGAAACAGAGGCGUAGCGUAGUGAAACAGUUGACUUGAUUUGAGGAGUCUGGGGCUGAGCCAGGAUUGCAAUAGGAGCCUUCCAGCUGGCGGCCCGGGACGCUGUGGGAACACAGUGGUGAGCGGAACUGAAGAACCUGCAGAAUUCUGAAGAGGAGGACAGGAGCAGGGCCCAUGGCGGAUACCCAGUACAUCCUGCCCAAUGACAUCGGCGUGUCUAGCCUGGACUGUCGCGAAGCCUUCCGCCUGCUGUCGCCCACAGAGCGCCUCUAUGCCCAUCACCUGUCACGCGCCUCCUGGUAUGGAGGCCUGGCUGUGCUGUUGCAGACCUCCCCCGAGGCCCCCUACAUCUAUGCCCUGCUCAGCCGCCUCUUCCGUGUCCAGGAUCCCGACCAGCUACGCCAGCACGCCCUGGCUGAGGGUCUUACUGAAGAGGAGUAUCAGGCGUUCCUGGUCUACGCUGCAGGCGUCUACUCCAACAUGGGCAACUACAAGUCCUUCGGCGACACCAAGUUUGUUCCCAACCUGUCCAAGGAGAAGCUGGAACGAGUGAUCCUGGGGAGUAAGGCCGCCCAGCAGCACCCAGAGGAAGUCGGGGGCCUCUGGCAGACCUGCGGGGAGCUCAUGUUCUCUCUGGAGCCCAGGCUUCGCCACCUGGGGCUGGGGAAGGAGGGCGUCACUACCUAUUUUUCCGGGGAUUGUACCAUGGAAGAUGCCAAAGUGGCCCAAGACUUUCUGGACUCACAGAACCUCAGUGCCUAUAACACACGGCUCUUCAAGGAGGUCGACCAGGACGGGAAGCCCCACUAUGAGGUGCGGCUGGCUUCCGUGCUUGGCACAGAGUCUGCUCCAGACUCUGAAAUGACUUCUAGGCUGAAGAGCUACGAGUUCCAGGGGAGCCAUUUCCAGGUGACUCGGGGGGACUAUGCGCCCAUCCUCCAGAAGGUGGUGGAGCACCUGGAGAAAGCCAAGACGUAUGCAGCCAACAGCCACCAGGAGCAGAUGCUGGCCCAGUACAUAGAAAGCUUCACGCAGGGCUCCAUCGAAGCCCACAAGAGGGGCUCCCGCUUCUGGAUCCAGGACAAAGGCCCCAUCGUGGAGAGUUACAUCGGGUUCAUCGAGAGCUACCGAGACCCCUUUGGUUCCCGUGGAGAGUUUGAAGGCUUCGUGGCCAUGGUGAACAAGGCCAUGAGUGCCAAAUUUGAGCGGCUGGUAGCCAGUGCGGAGCAGCUGCUGAAGGAGCUGCCCUGGCCCCCUGCCUUUGAGAAGGACAAGUUCCUCACCCCAGACUUCACCUCCCUGGAUGUUCUCACCUUCGCUGGCUCCGGCAUUCCUGCUGGAAUCAACAUCCCCAACUAUGACGACCUGAGGCAGACAGAAGGCUUUAAGAAUGUGUCACUGGGGAAUGUGCUGGCCGUGGCCUACGCCACACAGCGGGAGAAGCUCACCUUCUUGGAGGAGGAUGACAAGGACCUGUACAUCCGCUGGAAGGGGCCCUCCUUUGAUGUGCAGGUGGGUCUGCACGAGCUGCUGGGUCACGGCAGCGGCAAGCUCUUCGUGCAGGAUGAGAAAGGAGCAUUCAACUUUGACCAGAAGUCUGUGGUCAACCCGGAGACAGGGGAGCAGAUUCAGAGCUGGUACCGGAGCGGGGAGACCUGGGACAGCAAGUUCAGCACCAUCGCCUCCAGCUACGAAGAGUGCCGGGCUGAGAGCGUGGGCCUCUACCUCUGCCUCCACCCCCAAGUGCUGGAGAUCUUUGGCUUUGAGGGGGCUGACGCAGAAGAUGUGAUCUACGUGAACUGGCUCAACAUGGUGCGGGCCGGCCUGCUGGCUCUGGAGUUCUACACCCCCGAGGCCUCCAACUGGAGACAGGCCCACAUGCAGGCCCGGUUUGUGAUCCUGAGGGUCUUGCUGGAGGCUGGCGAGGGACUCGUUACCGUCACUCCCAUCACAGGCUCCGAUGGACGCCCGGAUGCCCGGGUCCGCCUUGACCGCAGCAAGAUUCGGUCAGUGGGCAAGCCCGCCCUGGAGCGGUUCCUACGAAGACUCCAGGUGCUGAAGUCCACGGGGGAUGUGGCCGGAGGCCGGGCCCUGUAUGAGGGGUAUGCAGCUGUCACUGACGCACCCCCCGAGUGCUUCCUCACCCUCAGGGACACGGUGCUGCUCCGCAAGGAAUCUCGGAAGCUCAUUGUUCAGCCCAACACUCGCCUCGAAGGCUCCGAAGUGCAGCUUCUUGAGUAUGAGGCCUCAGCCGCUGGCCUCAUCCGAUCCUUCUCGGAGCGCUUCUCGGAGGAUGGGCCCGAGCUGGAAGAGGUCCUCACCCAGCUGGCCACAGCCGAUGCCCAGUUCUGGAAGGGCCCCAGCGAGGCCCCAUCUGGCCAGACUUGAAGCAGAUUUGUACAGCUCCUCCCCCGACUCCAUCAAACCAAGGCUGCAAGUGGCCCCAUUUCUGUGUGUGCAUUAGGGGCUGGGUGAGGGGCAGGAGCUCGGGCCUUGGUGCUACCUCAGCUGAGGGUGGUGACACUAACCCCUUCCAUUUGUCAGCACUUUCCACUUUACCAAGUGCUUCUGCGUGUUAUCUCAUGUGAUCUGUGCUGCACUCUGUGGAGUGGGCAAGGCAGGGUGCCUUACCCUGCAUGACAGAGGAGGAAAUGGAAGUUCUGAGAAGUGACCUGACUAGAGCCGGCAGGACCCAACAUCUCUCCCUGUGCUCUUCAUGUAUUACUUUUACAGAAAAAUAAAUAUUAGAAACAACCACCA